AAGCCCUACACCGUCCAGAUUUUGAGUCACAGGGUCUGAACGAGGCUGCCCGGUGGAAUUCCAAAGAGAACUUGCUUGCUUGCCCUAGUGAAAAUGACCCCAAUCUCUUUGUUGCACUGUAUGACUUUGUUGCCAGCGGGGACAAUACACUCAGCAUUACUAAAGGUGAAAAGCUUCGUGUUUUGGGCUACAACCACAACGGAGAAUGGUGUGAGGCUCAGACUAAAAAUGGCCAGGGCUGGGUUCCCAGCAACUAUAUUACACCUGUUAACAGCCUAGAGAAACACUCCUGGUACCAUGGGCCAGUCUCACGCAAUGCUGCAGAGUAUCUCCUCAGCAGUGGCAUCAAUGGAAGUUUUCUAGUGCGAGAGAGUGAAAGUAGCCCUGGUCAAAGAUCCAUAUCACUUCGUUAUGAAGGAAGGGUGUACCACUACAGGAUAAACACUGCAUCUGAUGGGAAGGCUUUCUGUUGCUUCAUGUAAUGUGACCAUUGGAUAAUUGACAUCAGACGACAGGAACAGG